AUCUUAUGAAAUCAUUAGACAGAUUCUCCAACUAAUGCGGAAUACCAAAAUUCACAAUUUCAAAACUCAAAAUACGUUCACGGUGAAAAAAAAGUUACUAAAACUGGUGCAUUUAACAACGCAUUUAACAACGCCGUCUUGAAGAAUAGAAAAAGUGCUAUUGCGUACAUUAUUCAGGGCUCCAGAGAACAUUUUCAGAUAUUCAGAUACAAAUUUAGAACACAAACCCUGGUAACUUGUCAACCCCUCUCAAUUUUCCAAAACAGUUUUCAGUUCGAAGAAGAAUAUAACUUAUUUGACCAAGAAAACUUGGAUAUAGUUUGUGAUACAAUUUGACUAUAAACUCGGAUUGUAGUGAGACUAGUACCUUGCUUUCCAUUUUGCCCACACGUCAAAAAAUGCUACAACACAGCAGCGCAGUUUGUUCAGCCCAAGGCCAAACUAUUUAUACCAGCUAUCUAAGGUUUCAAGUUUUUCUCCAACUUUCUCCGUAUAGUUUCAAGUUCUUCUGAAAUUUCCAACAACAUAACCGUUGCUUAUUUACUGUUUAUGUAUUUAUUAUUGCCCACAGUUCAGUUGAAAAUUGAGAAUUACCAAUCUUUCCUCCAUUUUUUAAAAUUCAAAAUACCCAAAAACUUUUUCCUCUGCUACGUAAUUCUUCUAUCAAAAGGUUUUCAUAUUGUUUGAUAAACACACGCUUAUACAGCUUAACUUUAUUGUUAAUUCAUCAAAUUACAAUUACAAAAUCAUGUCUUCAACCACCAGCAAAGAUUAUGCUUCAAUGCAGCCGCGUGAAAAAUCAAACGGAGGAAAAGAGUCGCCAGAUUUAGAAAUGCUUGAAACCAGAUUCGAACCCGAGAAUUCUCCGCCAAAAACUUCCAAAAAACGAAGACAGGAAAUCUUAUCUGAAUCGGCCGCUCAACUAAGAGAUGCCACAGUUCCGCAAAUAGCACGUGAUCACAAAAUCGUCAAACUUAUUUGGCUCCUAAUUUACAUCGGACUUUUUAUAACAUUUUCUUUCUCACUUUAUGAAAUAGUGGCAAAAUAUUUCAGUUAUCCUACUUCGGUUGAAAUCGAAAUUGUUUCCAGACCUAGACUGGAGUUUCCAGCCGUAACAGUUUGCAACGAGAAUCCUGUCCGCAAAUCGCUGGUCGGCAGAAUUAAAGAAUACAGCGACUUGCUUGUAUUGGAUGAUUAUGUAAAGAACUCACUGCAAGCCUUUGCAGCAGGUGCAUUUGAUGAGUUGGAAUUUCAUACAUGCCAAGAAGAUUAUCGAGAGUGCACUAAUAGUCACAUCUGCAUCCCUGUAGCUUGGAUCUGCAACGAUGUCGACAACUGUGGCGACAACAGUGACGAAUCAGAUGAACUGCACAACUGCACCGAAAUUAUCAUGGAACAGAUCGCAUGGCUCUUUUUAACUAAUUUGGAUUUUACUUCUAAACAACCACCCCUCCUCCUAUGGUAUCUACUACAGAACCUCCACCCCUCUAAAUAAAAUUAGUUAAUUAGCACUAGGGCUUUUUAUUGAGAAUUCUAAUUCUGCAGCAUUCUGAGUGUUCAAAAUUUCGACUUACUUAAUCUACUUAACAAUCGCACCCUUUUUCUUCAAGAGGGGAGGUUGUUAAGCAGAUCCUUCUUUGAAAAUCUGGUAUAUAUCAGAGAGUACCCUGGAAACAUCCGAUAUGUCAAACCCUAAAGAGUUGCAAACAUCCGAAAAACAGUUUUACAGGGACAAACUUCCCACAUUUUUCAAAAAGUCGGACAAGAUCCAGUUUAUACCGUUCGUUUAACAGAUGAUGUAGUGGUCGAACUCUAUAGUGGCAGGACCCUAUAAAAAGAUUAGAGCCGGUUAUCGCCGCGAAGCCGCGACGCGUUUGUAGCGUGCCCACCGGCGACCUUAAACCGAGAGUCAGCUAAUUGGAAUCGGAUAAUUGAACUACGUCUAAUUUUCGAAAAUCUAGCCUCACAAUUUUGCAUAACUAUUAUAUAAGUUCGAUUGUUUGACAUAGCGGAUGUUUGACCCUGGGUUGCGGAACAAAACCAGGAAAGAAAUAUAAAAAAAUUGUCAAAUCUUGCAGAGCCAAUAUUGAAAGCAAAUGGAACACAGAGGCAAAGCAGAGCUUUGCAUCACUUGUGAUGGAAAAUAAAUGAAAACCGCUACUAGCAGAUAAACAGCCAAACGUAAGAAAAAAUUCAAAGUUAUU